AAGUUCACGGGUGGUCUCAACUCGCUCGAUCUCAGUUCCCAUAUUACGGCGCACUUCAGGAGACAAGAUGUUACCCGAUCUAAGAGCUUUGUUCUCGAUGAUGAGUUUGCUAUUGGGCCUACAAAUGGGCGAGCAUGGUUUGACAAUAGGAGAGCAGAGGUCGAAGUUCCUCGAGGUCCUUGGACCUCGGCAGAAAAUGUGAUAAAGGCACUGGUUCAGCGAGAAACAGCAUGUCUAGAGAAAUUCUCAGAUUUCUCCGGAGACACUCAGCAAGGUAUCUUCGGCGGGUCUGGCGGUUAUCAUCCAACCAAGGAAGCCAAACUAUCGGUUCUACAAAAUUUCCUCAAAAUCUGUCCUUAUAUUCUCCCCAGAAACGAGAAGCUCUCUACCGGUGUGCUUUGGCACAACGACCUUCACAUAUAUAAUAUAUUCGUCGACAUCGAAAAUCCAUCUCAGAUCACGGGCGUUAUAGAUUGGCAAGGUACACCUAUCUGCCCUAUGAAAUAG